CCUUGCAAAACUCUAUAAGUUUUUUGUAAGCGCCUUCAUUGGAUUUAGUCUUUCGCGCUACAAAUCUUAACAACAUGAUUUCCGUCUUGUUGCUCGUGGCAUUUUUCAUAACCUUGUUGGUCUACAUCACCUUUUGGUAUUGGAGAACCAUAAGCCAUUGGUCCAGGAGACUCGUAAUGGGACCGAAACCUCAUUGGCUCUAUGGCAAUUUAGAUGGCCUACGGAAGCAGCAGUCUUUAAAUGACAUCUUCGAUGGAUGCUAUCAACAGUUUCAAGGACAUUCAGUACGCCUCUUAGGCGUAUACCUCUUCGUUUGGCCCGGUGUACUUGUAACAGAUAGGCAUUUGGCAAAACGCAUCUUAACCAAAGAUUUUCGCAACUUUCGCAACCGUGGUAUGUACCACAAUACCGAAGAUCUUUCCGGAAAUUUAUUCACUCAUGACUAUGAGAAAUGGAGAAUGUUUCGUACAAAACUAUCAUCCUCUUUUAGCAACUUUAAAUUGAAGGCCAUGCUUCCGACAUUUGUCAAAGCCUCCCAGGAGUUGAUCUAUGUCAUGGAGAAGGAUCUGGAGCUUGGUAAUACCACAUUGGAUGUUAAAGAUCUGAUGUUACGUUUUACCAUAGAAAUUAUUGCCACCUGUGCCUUUGGCUUACAAACGAACAGUUUAAGGAAUCCCAAUUGUGCAUUCGCUCAAAUAACUGAAAAGGCUAAUAUUGGAGAAGAUACAUCCAUUCUGGCAAAAUUCAUAAUGUUAUGCUUUCCGAAUGUGGCUAGAAUACUGAGACUUCGCUACAUGCCCCAGUAUAUGGUGGAAUUGUACAUUGAUAUGGUGCGUAACAUUUUGGAACUAAGAAGUCAACAUAAAAUUCGUUACAACGAUAUCAUGGACACACUGAAUGACAUGAGACUGCAAGAUCCUUCAAAGCUAUCGCUGAAAGAGAUGGCUGCCCAAACUCUAAUAUUCUUUCAAGCUGGCUAUGAGACUUCUGCUUACACCCUGACCUAUGCCCUAUACGAAUUAGCCCAUCACGAAGAGGUGCAACAAGAGGCUCGUCUUGAAAUACUUAAGACCCUGGACAAAUAUAACCAUAAACUGACCUAUGAGUGCUUGGGCGAAAUGGUAUAUUUAGAGCAGAUCAUUAAUGAAACCCUUCGUCUAUAUCCCGCUUCUCCUCUUAUAAUACGACAAUGCACCGAGGACUAUAGAGUAGCAGGUACAGAAAAUAUCUCUAUUGACAAAGGCCAAAUGGUUAUAAUUCCGGUGUACAGUUUGCAACGUGAUAAACGUUACUACUCUCAUCCCAAUAACUUUAAUCCUGACAAUUUCAGACCAGAUAGCAUAGAUUCAGAGUCAAUACUGAGCUUUGGCGAUGGUCCACGCAAUUGCAUUGGAAGGCGUUUUGCCAAAAUGCAAAUAACGAUAGGCCUAAUAAAUCUCCUUAGAAAAUUUAAAUUUCAAAUAUGUGAAAGCACUCCAAAUCCCAUUGAAUUUAAAAAUUCGAGUGUUCUGUUAUCACCGAAAAAUGAAAUCUAUUUAAAAGUAGAGAAAAUACAAAAUUAAGGGUCGUUCAGGGCGAUAACAAAUCCAAGCACAAAAAACUACAUAUUUUUAUACCCACCACCGUAGGAUAGGGGGUAUAUUCAUUUAGUCAUUCCGUUUCCAACACAUCGAAAUCGAAAUCAGUAUCCGACCCAACAAAGUGUAUAUAUUUAGGAUCGUCGUAAACUUCUAAAACGAUUUAAUGAUGCCCGUGUGUCUAUCCCUCCGUCCGUCCGUCUGUCCGUCCGUCUGUUGUCAUCACUCUAGAGUCUUCAAAAAUUGAGAUAUUGAGCUGAAAUUUGGCACAGAGACGUCUUUUUGAUGCACGCUGGUUAUGUUCUUGAACGGGCCAAAUCGGACCAUAUUUGGAUAUAGCUGCUAUAUAGACCGAUCUGGGGAUAAUGGGUCUAAUGCCCAUAAAUGCUUUAU